GAACAGCCUUCCAUCAAAACGCCCUCUGGCUUUUCCGUGACAACGGACACACGGCUGCCACUCCAAUCCCAAAGCAAAUCAGAAACCGAAGCGCAAAAUCUCCCGAGAUCCUCCUCGCUCGGACCUCAACCCUCUCUCUCCCCAGAUCCGCGUCCAUGGGGUCGCGCCGGAGAAUGCUCCUCAAGGUCAUCAUCCUCGGCGACAGCGGGGUCGGGAAGACGUCGCUGAUGAACCAGUACGUGAACAACAAGUUCAGCAACCAGUACAAGGCGACGAUCGGCGCGGAUUUCCUCACCAAGGAGGUGCAGAUCGACGACCGGCUCUUCACCUUGCAGAUAUGGGACACAGCAGGACAGGAACGUUUUCAGAGUCUUGGCGUGGCAUUUUAUCGUGGAGCUGACUGUUGUGUUCUUGUAUAUGAUGUCAAUGUAACCAAGUCAUUUGAAAAACUCAACAAUUGGCGCGAGGAAUUCCUAAUCCAAGCUAGCCCAUCAGAUCCAGAGAAUUUCCCUUUUGUCUUACUUGGAAAUAAGAUUGACGUUGAUGGUGGUAAUAGCAGGACUGUCUCUGAGAAGAAGGCUAAAGCAUGGUGUGCCUCCAAGGGAAACAUGCCUUACUUCGAGACGUCUGCUAAAGAAGGCUUCAAUGUGGAAGCUGCUUUCGAGUGUAUAGCAAGGAAUGCUAUCAAGAAUGAACCUGAAGAAGAUGUAUAUCUUCCUGAUACAAUUGACAUGGGGGGUGCUGGAAGGCAACAGCGCUCGUCAUCAGGCUGUGAAUGCUAGAAGAUAUGGAUCAAGUGAUCUCCUCUGUUGGUUCUAUUGGUACAGUGAUGCUUGCUCUUCGCUAUCUGAGUUUGAUAUGUUUAGUUUGAAAGCUGCUAUUUGUAUCAAUCGCUACAUAUUGUUAGUCUCUCCAACGAAAAUUGGAGAAAUUGUUGAUUAACUUAUGAUUCUUUGUACGAGCGCUAGAUGGUAUAGAGUUGGUAUUAUUUAUAGUCUAUGCGAGCUUUUGAUUGUUGUGGUGCAGAUAUAUCUUGGAAGAUCAGAAUUUUUUAUGAAGAUUGUACAUGAACAGUAGAGGGACCAAAUCCUAUUCUACCCAUUUUGAUGGUAGAGUCAGAUCUGUAUCUA